CGUCACUCCUCAUCCGCGACAGAGAGAGAGCGGCGGGACCGCUGCGGAGGAUGCCGACCCCGCUGCGGGGACAACCGCCAGGCGAGAUGGCCGUUACUUUCUUCCUCGUCACAUCCCGCACCGCGACGACCCCUCGGCACCCAUGAAGCCCCCGUUGAUGAAGCCAAAACCGGCCAAAGCAAGGCGGAAAGAGGCCACUGAGCGAGAGAAUGUACUGGCGCGUCGGGUUCGCCUGGACGCGCUCGUGUGUGGUUGAUCUUGGCCGGAACCAGAGCUUCUCAUUCGGCCUGUGCAGCUCCGAUGAGCAGCUCUCGUUUUAUGGGUACAUCAUCGCCUACCCUCUGCAGGACUACGACGGGAUCAUGUCAGCCCUUGGGUCAGACUCGUGGUGGCGGAAAACGCUUUAUCUGGCUGGGGGCGCUCUGCUCGCCACCGCUGCCUAUCUACUGCACGAGCUGCUCGCCAUCAGGAAGGAACAGGAGCUGAACUCUAAAGAUGCCAUCAUCCUUCACCAGUUCUCCAGACCAAAGAGUGGUGUCCCUUCCCUCUCCCCCUUCUGCCUCAAGAUAGAAACCUACCUACGCAUGGUGGACCUGCCCUACCAGAACUACUUUGAUGGGAAGCUGUCUCCCCAGGGGAAGAUGCCAUGGAUAGAGUACAACCAGGAGCAGGUGUCUGGUACAGAGUUCAUCAUCGACUUCCUGGAGGAGAAGCUGGGCGUGAGCCUCAACAAGAACCUCAGUUCCCAUGAGAAGGCUGUGUCCCGGGCUGUCACCAAGAUGGUGGAGGAACACUUCUACUGGACCAUAGCGUACUGUCAGUGGGUGGACAACCUGGAGGAGACCCAGAAGAUGCUGGCGGUGAGCGGCCCGCUGAGUGACCUACUCAAGUGGAUCCUGAGUCACCUGACCGGCGGCAUCGUGAAGAGAGAGAUGUACGGCCACGGGAUUGGACGGUUCACCAAGGAGGAGGUCUACACUCUGAUGGAGAAGGACAUGCGGACGUUGGCCACCCUGCUCGGUGAUAAGAAGUACCUGAUGGGUCCUACGCUAUCCAUGGUGGAUGCCACUGUGUUCAGCCAUCUAGCCCCUGCCAUGUGGACCCUGCCGGGCACACGGCCAGAGCAGCUCAUCAAAGGCGAGCUGAUCAACCUGGCCAUGUACUGUGAGAGGAUCCGCCGGCGCUUCUGGCCUGAGUGGUUCGUUGAUCUGGAGGACUUCUGUUACGAUGACACCACAGAGGACGAUGACUCCCUGUCCAAACUCCAGGACCUGGGGCUGUACUCCCGCACAGACACCUUUCAAGACGAGGCCAGCCCUCCUCACACACACACACCCACGCACACACACACAAUCUCACCAGACAGUGACCGUACGGGUCACUCGCUCUACGACUCGGACAUGGACACGGAGUGCUCCGAGAUGGAGCAGCUCAAGUGUUGACUGCCGUAUGACACACACAAGUGACACACACACACACUGCCCGGAGAGGUCUUGUGCGAGAAUAGCGAGAUGGAGGGAUAGAGAAAAAAGGGAAAUAGAGAUAGAAAAAACAAGGGUAAUAUAGCAAUAGAGAAAGAGCCAAAGAGGGAUAGAGAGAGGAAAAUAUCAACCGAAAGAGAUAAAAUGGAAAGAGAGAGGGAUGGAGAAAAGAGAUGAAAAAGAGAGAUCAGGAGUUAAUGACGUCAUCACUGAGAAACUCUUCCACCUGGGUGACGUCAACACCCGUCGCCCAGUUUCCCGUUGUCGAGUUGCACUUACCACGGCAACCCUGUGUGUGUUACCUGUGUUCCCCAAUUGAGCUGCAUUGCCCAAACCAUGUGUGUUUGACAUACUGACCCCCUGACUUGCAUCCUUGCAAAAUAUGAGUCAUUGUAUUGAUAUUAUAUUGAUAUGUGGGAAACUGUUCAGGCAAGAUGUGAAUGAGUACAGUUCAAUAUAAUUAUGAGUAUAAAUACUAUAGAUAGCCUGCAAAUUAUAUAUAUUAUCCCAAUGUCAUAUAAUGUAAAUACUGUGUGUGGUUCUCCUGUACAACCUCUCAGUGCUUGUUUGAUAUGACCAAGCUCCCUGAUGACCUUCAACUAACCCCCUUGUGCUGGUCUAGGAUCAGUUUUAGGAAUUCUAAUGCAUCUAUUUCUACCCAGAUGACUGACACUUUGCAUCUGCAGUCAGGUCUUAACCCAUCGUUGAGUAUUUCCUCAGUCCUUUGUAGAAUGGUCAUUGAUGUUGAAGGCGAGUCUCAGAUACUGUGGAUUGAGGGGACAUCUAAAUAAUCAAAAGUGGUUUCAUCUCAAUAAUCUAAAGUGGCUUCCUUUCCUCAUCUCCUCUCCUUCAUCUGCACAGAUCUGAAAACAUUGGAUAGGUGAAAGCAAUAUGGUGGAUGCUUACUGGAACUUUCUUCCACUUGUCCAAUUCUUACACAUCAGAUGAAGAAAAUAAUAGGAGAGGAGGCUACUUGAGAUCUUUAGUUGUGUGUACGUACAUUCAGCCAUUGAGAGCGGAUGAUGCAACCAUGUAGAAAUUGACUAAAUAGCAUGGCUAAUAGGUGCCAAUGAAAAUCACGCUACCCUGCUGGUUAUCUGUUAUCUACGUUUCUACGCUGGCCUGUCUUAAUGUUUAUUGUGAUGCAGUGUGUCUGUGUGUAUGUGUGUGCUUCAGGCCAGAGAAAGGGCACAAAUAUGCAAUAGAUUGAAAAUAACUCUUAGGCCUUUGCUCAGCCUCUCUGUUUUCAUCAAAUACAAGGUGUGUCUACUCCCCUUUUAGAAUGAAUCGAUUCUAGAAAUAGAAGGAAUAGAAUGGCCAUUGUUGCUCAUAGCAUCAAUUCACUCUGUGCUAAGCAUGAAACAACUACUAUAAUCCACAGUGUUGAUUGCCAGUCUUAUUUAAUAGUAGGCUACAGUAUGUGGAAUAGUGAAACUAGGCUACAGUAUGUGGAAUAGUGCAACUAGGCUACUCUAAUCGUUCUAUUUCUAGUGCAUGGCUGGUGUAUGAUGGUGAGAUGUGGCCAUUACAAGUGAUUGUCAUUCAGCAGGCGCAUGUAGGUCCUGUGCCUGUGUGUGUGUGUGUGUGUGUAACAGGGGGUGUAGAGUUCUGUCCAUAUGGUGCAUCAAUGAGUCAUCGCACCUCAUGAGUUGAUUUUGAGGCAUACACCAUACAUUCAGGCUGGGUGCUAACAGCUUAGCCUGCACAAACAUAGAUACAGAUACAGACACAUACACAGAUACAGACACAUACACA